UCGGAACAAGCCAGCAUGGGGAUCGAGAGCCAAGCUUGGUCGCUGCCGCUGCGCAUCACGAUGGCCGUCGCUUUGGCCGCGAUGCUUGUCGUCAAUGGCAUCCACAGCGUCAGCGGCGACAUGCGCAUCGCGGCGCUGGCGAAUCCGAACCUCCUCACGCCGUCGACCAUGUUUUUUGUGCUCCUCGGGCCCAUCUACGUCAGCCUUGUCGGCUUUGUUGGGCGCGAGUGCUACGCGCCCAACACGACGAUCCCUGCCAUGCACCGCGUGUACGUCUGCUUCAUUCUCAGCUGCGUCUGCAACGUCGCGUACCUCUCGUGCUUUGUGGGCGGGUACACGCACGUGGCGUUCGUCGCGAUCUUCAUCAUGUGGCUCGCACUCUUUGCCGCCUACUUGGUCAUCGAAGACAGCGUCGAGCCGAUCGUGGUCACGUCAAUGCUGCUCAGUAGCAACGCCAACCACGCCUUUGCGACCUCGUCGCUGGCCGACGUGCUCUGGAUCCGAACGCCGCUGACGCUCUACUGGGCGUGGACGUGCGCGGCCGCGACGGUCGCGCUCAACGUCUCGAUCGAAGCGCUCGGCGUGCACGAGAUGAGCAUCUACAUCUUCUGGUGCGGCAUGUGGGUGCUCGCCAACACGCUUAUUCUGAUUGGCACGGGCGACGUGCCCUUUGCGUUUGUCGCAUUCUACACGCUGUUGGCGAUCGCGCGCAAGUCGGCCGAGCUCACGGACCGCCUCGUGCCGCAAAACCCCAAUUAUACCGAGCACUACGCGGUGCAGGUCAUGGCAACCGUCGGCGCCUUCGUCUUUGGCAGUCUCUUUGUCUUUCUCGUGCUCCACAAAUGGUGGCGCGGUGAUGCGUUUCCGCGCCUCUUGUCGGCGUCUUCGCGAGGCACGUACGGCUCCCUCCCAUAAGCAAACGUUCCGGCCGAGCGGCGUCAUGCUGCGCUCCACGCACCACGGUCAUAAUGAGGGCCUCGCAGCGAGCAGAUGCUUCCUGCCGUUUAGGAAUAACGUCGUUUGCAUCACUCAAUAUACGUACUACUGUUGUAUACUCUUUGCC